AUGAUGACGUGCCGUCUGCUGUGCGCCCUGUUGGUGCUUGCCCUGUGCUGCUGCUGCCCGUCCGUGUGCGUGGCAGAGGAAGCCGUUGCUUCUUCCCAGACGACCACGACUACAGCACAGCCACCAGUCCCCAAGGAGGAGCCCGACCCCAAACCUAAUGUAGAUGUUGUUCAACCGCCACCACCAGAUUCACCACAGGGGACCGGUCAGCCAGGAACGUUAAGUACGGGUUCUGUUCCGGAUCAGGGAAACGUUGACGGAGAAGGACCAGAUGUGACCGCUGGGAAACCGCAGUCAAAUGUCGUGCCCAAUACGUUACAGGCAGAAGGCAAGGACGGUACGACAGGAAGACAAAGUGGCACUAAUACAUCCGCAGAUAAAGCAGCUCGGGAGGCCAAAGAUCCUGCUCAGACGACCACGACCACAACACAGGCACCAACGACGACCACUACUACAACACAGGCACCAAGCACUACGACUACAGAGGCACCAACUGUGUCGACCACCAGCGCACCGUCGCGUCUUCGCGAAAUGGACGGCAGCCUCAGCAGCUCUGCAUGGGUGUGUGCCCCGCUGCUGCUCGCCGCAUCCGCGCUGGCGUACACCGCUGUGGGCUGA